AUGAGCAACAAACAAGAUAUCCACGAAGCCCCUGAGGCCGUGGAAGACCCCAGCGACUCGAAGCAUCAAACGAACUAUGACCUCGUUGAUCGCGAAGUGGCACAGUAUGCUAGCGAGGCAAUCGUGGAGAUCGACGAGUCGACAAACAAGAGAUUGAAGAGGAUGAUUGACAAGCGGGUCUUGAGCGUGAUGAUAUUCACCUACUUCAUGCAGUCCCUCGAUAAAGGCACAAUGUCAUUUGCCUCUAUCAUGGGCAUCAUCCCAGAUACCAAGCUCAAAGGGCAAGAGUAUGCAUGGUUGACCACGAUCAUUUACAUCGUCAUCCUCUGCGUUGAGUAUCCGGAAAACUACAUCAUCCAGAAGAUCCCGAUUGCGAAAUGGCUCGGCUUCAACAUCAUCAUGUGGGGAGUUACCCUUAGCCUACACGCGGCGUGUCACAACUUUGUUGGUCUCGUUAUCGUCCGAGGCUUCCUUGGAGGGUUUGAAGCCGUCUGCCAGCCCGCCUUCCUUCUCCUGACAUCUAUGUGGUAUAAGCGCGAAGAGCAAGCCACUACGGCCAUUCUCUGGUACAUGAUGAACGGACUUCAGCAAAUCAUUGGCGGUCUUCUAGCCUUCGCCUUCUCAUUCAUCCCAUCAACCUCGCCCAUAAAGUCUUGGCAAGCCCUCUUCAUGAGCUACGGCAUUAUCACCGUCUUCUGGGGCAUCUUUGUUCUUUGGUGGAUGCCGGAUUCGCCCAUGAAGGCCCACUGCUUCAGCGAGGAAGACAAGAAGCUCAUGGUCGAACGCGUCCGUUCAAACAGAACUGGUCUUCAGAACCGCAAGUAUCGAAAGGAGCAGAUCUGGGAAGCCUUGAAAGAUCCUCAGGUGUACGGAUUCGCUUUAAUUCAACUCCUGACCACUCUCCCUUCAGGCGGCUUGGGCGCCUUUGCCAACAUUAUCAUCAAGAGCUUCGGCUAUACCACCUGGCAAACUCAGCUCCUUCAGAGUGUAACAGGCAUCCUUCAAAUCAUUACCAUGGUUACGGCUGCGUGGAUCGAUCGUCGUUACAAGCAGACAAUCUUCGCCAUGAUGGCUGCCGUCGCACCCACCAUCGCUGGCACUGUCGUCUUGAUCACCGUUCCUUUCGAACCCAGUAAAAAGGUCGGCUUGCUUCUGGCCUACUACAUCAUGAUCUCCUUCUGGGCCUGUAGUGGUCUAGCGCUCUCGCUCGUCAGCCGAAACGUCGCCGGCCAAACCAAGAAGGGCGCCGUUAUUACCAGCAACUUCGUCUUCUGGGCUGCCGGCAACUCUAUUGGUCCGCAGGUUUUCCGAACCCAGGACGCGCCGCGAUACUUCCUUGCUUUAGCCAUUAUCAUUGGCUGCUUCUCGCUUCUAGAGAUCACGCUUUUUGCUCUGCGAACAUACUACGUCUGGCAGAAUAAGUCACGCGAGGCGAAGAUUGCGAGAGGAGAGGCGGUUGCGGAUACGGCUCACACUCAUGCCUUUGAGGACAUCACUGAUAAGGAAAACGUCAAUUUCAGAUACGUCUACUAG